GGCCGCCUCGCCGCCCGCCGGGCCCGCGCCUGCCGGGCCCAUGUCCCACAGGGCGCCGAGGGGGCAGGAGGGGGAGGAGGAAGCGGCGGCGAGGGGCAGCCAGGCGCGGGCCAAGGGCCACCCGGAGCCCGCGGCGAGCGGCGGCAGGACCCAGGAGCGGCAUGAGAGGAAGCGGAAGAGGCAGGAGGCGCAGCAGCUCCAGAAGCUCCAGCACCUGGAGUCCUUCUAUGAGAAACCUCCCCCUGGGCUAAUUAAGGAGAAUGAAACCAAACCAGAAGACUGCAUACCUGAUGUACCAGGCAAUGAAAGUGCACGAGAAUUCCUGGCACAUGCCCCAACCAAAGGGCUUUGGAUGCCUUUGGGAAAAGAAGUCAAAGUCAUGCAGUGUUGGAGGUGUAAACGUUACGGACACAGAACAGGAGACAAAGAGUGCCCAUUCUUUAUUAAAGGCAAUCAGAAAUUGGAACAAUUUAGAGUAGCACAUGAAGAUCCAAUGUAUGAUAUUAUAAGGGAAAAUAAACGUCAUGAAAAAGAAAUGAGAAUACAGCAACUGAAGCAGCUCCUGGAGGACUCUACCUCAGAAGAUAACAGUGAUGAGGAAGAUGAAGAUAGCAGCAGCUCCACUUCCUCAGAAUGUAGAGAUAAACACAAGAAAAAAAAGAGGAAGAAGGAAAAAAAAAAAAAAGAAAAGAAAAAGAAGAAAAAAAGAAAGCGAAAAUCAUCUAAAUCUAAUGAGAAGUCAGAAUCUGACUGACAGCAGUCAUCUGCUGCAUGCUGGUUGACCUCUACUUGUGAAACGCAAGGAAAGAUCCAAAGAAUGAGGAAGAAACCACCAGAAAGGGCUUCAUUAAACUCAGAACGUGCAGAUGGGUACAUAGAGCAUCCUACAGUGGCUGGCCUUUCCUGCCAUUCUGCAGUGCUGCAGCCAGAAAGGAGAGAGAGCUGCAUUAAACAAUACUCAAUCAACCAUAUCUUUGUACUGUAAAACGUGUGCUAAUGGUCAUCCGUCCUGGUCAACCUGGGCCUCUGCAUUGCCGUGUGUGACUAUUAGCAGAAAGUGGCAACUACCAAGCUGUCACCAACAAAUCUGCAGAAUUCAGCAGACUGUCUAUUGAAGUGUCUUUUCUCCAUGAAGUUAUUUUAUUAUAUACAAUGCCUCAUUGUAAGGGGACUUCAGUUUGUACUGUGCAGAGCACUGACUGUUCACUUACAGUGCUUACAAUAAGCAGGUUGUACUGUAUUUUUUUUUUCUCUGCAUACUGCCUAUGUGCUGAAGUUCAUUGUACUUACCCUAGUAAUGACAACUAGGGAAAUAAAGAGCACUGCUGAAGGGGGAAAAAAAGUUAAUCAAGGGGGUUUACUUCCAAGACAAAACUGUAGUGUCAGCAAGACUUGGGGUUUUUUGUGUGUAGCAAAAUCUCAACAUCAUCACCAUUAAUACACACAGCUCUGUAAUACCUAAAGUUUUCUUCAAGCCAUAGGCGUAGGAGCCAAGUGUAAUGAUGCUAGAUGUUCAACUCAUUGUAAAGAGGUAGUGUUUUUAGUUAUUUAAAAAGGGAGGUGUUCACAUUAGAAAUGAAAAAGAUUAAUUUCUACAUACAUUUCAGUAUCAGUUGUUUUAAUACAUUUGAGUUUUCCUUUUAAAAAGGCUUGGGGAAGUAAACUCCAACUUAUUUCUUAUGUUCCCUAGAAUUAUUUAAUGUAGUAAUAUCUUAUGAAUCUUCCCACAAGAACAUAAAUGAGCAAGGCCUUCAAAAUGGUUUUCAUCUACAUGCAUGUAAGCCACAGAACAGUAGCAAAGAACGUGUAAGCAGGAAGAAGAGUAAGUUGUGUACUUAAUUAAUCUUGUGAACUGACCACACUUUUAUUUUAAAGAAGCUUGCAAGGCAGACUUGAUUAGAAACAUUGGGAUAACAGCAAACUGCACUGGAACAAGCAUAUCUGUAUGAAACAUCAAGGUACAGUGAUAAAAAGCUGUGAUUUGAGGAGCCAGAUGAUGUAUAUUGGUACUGUACUAAAAGAGGAAGAAAGAUGUGCUUUGAGAGCACUGUGAAAGACACAUAGAACUUAAGCUCUGUGUUUAUACUUAUAUUGAGAAAAAAAGGCAUGAGAAAUUUCUAACAGUAGAGUGAGCAUUAACAGCAAAAAUCAAGGAACCACAGACUAAAAUGCAUUUAAGACUACUCUCUUGAAAGCUGUAGAAAAUAAGACAGGGUAAAGUAUACACUGUGUUUUCCCCUUCCUACCUAAGUCAUUUAGUAAAAAUAAACACCCAUUCCUUGCCAGUCAUUCACAAUAUGUUCUGGGGAAAAACAAAGUAGUGAAGGUCUACUUAAAAUAAAUUAUCUUAUUCUCAGAGCUUGAACAUGGAAUUGUUUUAUCCUCCAGUAUUACUUUGUAAAUGUCCUUGUGAUGGGAUUUACUGGUGUCUCCUGACAGUUCUGUGUAUCAGCACCAUCAACAAAGAUUUAACAGCUGAAAUAGCAUGAGGACAUUUGUGAUGGUGUGGUUGUGUGUAUUGCCACAUUUGGUGCUGAGAACAUCCUUGUGUUUAUAGCAUUGAUGAAUGUUGGGCAUAUGCUGGCAGCUACAGCCAGUAUUCACCCAAUGCAUUCCAAAAGAAUUCUCACUCAAGUUUGUCUAGAGCAGAGCUAACCUAAAGAUUUCUUCAGUUAUUUCAGCUUUUGCUAUCAGAUUCUUCUAAAGAAUCAAUAAAAACAAACUCAAUUUUUUCUUA